UGUUUUAAUUAUGGUGAUUUCAAAUCUGGUUUGCAUUGAGUCAGACUAUGAGGGAAUGGGUCUACUGGAAUUUUAAAGUAUCUAUUAUUAUUACUUUUGUAAAGUGGAACCUUUAGUGUUUUAUUAUUAUUAUUAUUAUUAUUUAAUUUUUAUUUUCAUUUUUUAAAUUUUAUUUUCACUACUUUGUUUUGGAUUUAAAUAUUUCAAAGAUUAGAUGUUUUGUGGGCAAAUUUGCUCCAAAUGUUUAUAAUUCCUUGGAUUGAAUAAUGAUUUAAAUAAUCUUGUAAAUUAACUUAAUGUCUUCAUCUGGUCAACAUUUUAGUCUUUGCAUAAAUUUAUUUAUGACCAAAUGCCUGUAAACUAAUAACACUCCCACUAGCGUUAGUUCUACUUUAUGUAGGUUUUGCUAACUGUAGACUUUAGUUUUUAAGUGCUAAAUGUUACUUCAUUUAAAAAAAAAAAAAAGGUAGUCAACUGCACCACACUUCUCUAUGAGUAUGUCAUGUAUCUGCAGCCUGUCAGGAUGUAUGAUCACAGAAGAAGGUUGCUCUUUGCUGACAAAAGCUCUGAGCUCCACUUCCUCACGUCUUAAAGAGCUGAAGCUGAGCUACAAUCAUCCUGGAGAUGCAGGCGUGACUCUGCUUGAGCAACUGAGACUGAAACCUCUCAGGGUGGAGCCUGCUGGAGUCCGAUGGUUGAGACCAGGUCUGAGGAAGUAUUCCUGUCAACUCACAAUCGACACAAACACAGUACACACAAACCUCAAACUGUCUGACAACAACAGGAAGGUGACACGUGUGAAGGAGGAUCAGUCAUAUCCUGAUCAUCCAGACAGAUUUGAUGGUGAUUGUCAGCUUCUAUGUAAAGAUAGUGUCACCAGUUGCUGUUAUUGGGAGGUAGAGUGGAAAGGAGAGGUUUAUAUAUCGGUGAGUUACAGAAGAAUUUCAAAAAAAGGAGACAGUAAGGUCUUUGUCUUUGGAAGGAAUGAUCAGUCCUGGUGUCUGUUCUGCUCUGAUGUUAAGGGUUACUCUGUCUUACACAACAACACAGAAACAUAUCUGCAAUCCUCCUCCUCUGUCUCUAACAGAGUAGCAGUGUAUGUGGAUUAUCCUGCUGGCACUCUGUCCUUCUACAGAGUUUCCUCUGACACUCUGAUCCACCUCCACACCUUCAACACCACAUUCACUGAACCUCUUUAUCCUGCAUUUACAGUCUGGUUUCCUGGUUCUUCAGUGUGUCUGUGCUGAGUUGAGUGUAAAGAGUGUCCUCCUGUUAGAGAAAAACACUGACUGUUGAAAAGAUAGUUCAGUCUAUACAUGUCUGUCUCUUUCAGUCAGAAACACAGUUUCAGAUAAUCAGUCAGUUGUAACUAUUCUAAAUGAUUCCUUGUAAACGUCUUCCUCUUCAGCCCUUUAAAGGUGGAAGCUACAAUUAUUUCAGGAUCCACAUGUUGUUUUUCUGUUUUUUUACACUCAAAGCUUCACAUUGAAUAUUGGUAUGUUGUUAUUGGUUGGUUUAUGACACCAACUGUCUGCCAUCUAUAAUCCAGUUUUGAGAUCCCUUCCCAGAUGCCUGCGCAAAUUUGCGCAGGAUAGUAAACCUAGUGUUAAUGCCCACUCACAUCCUGGGCCAUCUGAUCUCAGGAAAUCACAUGAUAGGGUGGGGCUAGGUUUCACAAUGAGCUCACCCGAAACCUUGGCUGAUUGUGACCUACACCCAUUUUCACACAUUGGCUUGUGUGAUUAGGUAGAUGAUCAAUAGGGAGUCCAUUGUCCUUCUUGGAGGGACACUCCCACAGGGCUUAAAUCUGGGACUCCCCACCAUUUGACCCUAGAACUGAAGAAGCUUCUCAGAUGAGAGGUGAAACGUCUUCAAGCAACUUAAAGAAGUCCAGACUCUUUUCUUUCCAAGCUUUUCCAAUGCAUUCUCUUGGCAGAGAGUUUUGAGUUUUGUUCAAAAAAGAAUAACUUUAUAUAGGAACAAAAUAUAUAUCACAUAUGCAGGACACCUUCUUAAACUAGUUUUUAAAAAAAAAAAAAUAACAAACCUAAAAAGAUACACUAGGUACUAGAUACAUCUUCUAAUGAGUUUUGGCAAACAACCAUUUGACUAACAUGUGUGUCUCACCUGCUCUUGUUCCAUCUCUGCUCUGUCCUCAUUCUCCUUUUCCCUCUCUGCUCCUCUCUCUCCCUCUCUGUUCCUCUCUCU